AUGCAUAACUUAAACAUGGCGCUGCUCUCCUCCUCCUCUUCUUCUUCUUCUCCGAAAUUGGUUAUUGGAUAUCCCACUUCACUCCAAAACCCUACUCCCAGUGGAAGAACCCUUCCCUUCCACCUCCGGAAUUACCUGAUUCCCCCACACCGUUCCAGAAUUUCCAUCUCAGCUUCGUCCAGUGGCUCCAGCAGCUCUGCACACCCUCCACAGUCGCACUCGGAGGCUGCUCGUUCUACUAAUUCCGGACAUGGGAACUUUGGGCCUAGCUUAUUCGCUAGCAUUUCCUCAUCGAGUGGUCAGCAGACAUCUUCUGUUGGUGUUAGCUCACAGCCUGUGCCUACCGCUCCUUCACAAGUUGGGUCACCUCUCUUUUGGGUUGGAGUCGGUGUUGCUUUCUCUGCGCUUUUUUCAUGGGUGGCUUCAUACUUGAAGAAAUAUGCAAUGCAGCAAGCUAUGAAAACUAUGAUGAACCAGAUGAAUACUCAAAAUAGCCAAUUUGGCAACGUUCCUAUUUCGCCUUUUCAAUUCCCAAUGCCUACAACUUCUGGGCCUGAUACCUCACCUUCACGCACAACUUCAUCACCAUCUUGGCCUGCUGCACCUUCGUUUUCUGCAUCCUCAGCAGCUGAGGUUGCUACCCCACCACCUCCUAGUGUUUCUCUACCAAGAGCGACCGUAGACGUUUCUGCAACGAAGGUUGAACAGUCUUCAGCCACUAACAUGAAUAAUGAUGUGGAGACUAAGGAGGAUAAAAAGAAGUACGCUUUUGUGGACAUUUCUCCUGAAGAUCGAGAAACCCUAGUGAGGACUCCUUUUGGAAGUGCUGAUGAUGUCAAUGAGACAAGCUCCUUAAAGGAUGCUCCAUUUGAAGCUUCUCAAAAUGGAGCUACUUUUACGCAGGAUGCUCGUACGACUGAGGGUUCUCAAUCUACGACGACAGGUCCAACUUUAUCUGUAGAUGCUUUAGAGAAAAUGAUGGAAGAUCCGAUCGUACAACAAAUGGUUUACCCAUAUUUACCCGAGGAGAUGCGAAAUCCUACCACUUUUAAAUGGAUGCUACAAAAUCCACAGUACCGUCAACAGCUGCAAGACAUGCUAAGCAACAUGGGCGGGAACAACGAAUGGGACACACGCAUGGUGGAUUCCUUGAAAAAUUUUGAUCUCGAUAGUCCUGAGGUUAAGCAGCAGUUUGAUCAAAUUGGGCUUACACCGGAAGAGGUAAUCUCUAAGAUUAUGGCCAAUCCCGAAGUUGCUAUGGCAUUUCAAAACCCAAGAGUGCAACAAGCAAUCAUGGAUUGUUCACAAAAUCCAAUGAGCAUAGCGAAAUAUCAGAAUGACAAGGAGGUGAUGGAUGUUUUCAACAAGAUAUCGGAGCUCUUUCCCGGGGUCACUGGCCCUUAA